AACCUCAAUUGAAAAAUAAGUGGGAUACAUUAAAAAAGGAAUGGAGGUUAUGGAGGGAGUUGCUUAAGGAAUCUACAGGUAUUGGAUGGUGUCCAUCUAAAAAGAUGGUCGAUGCUACCGAAGAAUGGUGGGCUGCAAAAAUACAGGAAAAUCCUGAUUUUAAAGGAUUUAAGAAGAAAGGAAUUGAACCACGAUUGAAUGAGUUAAUGUGGCAAAUGUUUGCUGGCAUUGUAGCCACUGGAGAGAACGCAUGGGCACCUUCGUCUGGUGUUCUUCCAAGUGGAGUUCCUAUGGGAGAUGAUUCACCUAAUGAGGGUUUUGGUGAUUCAGAUGAACAUAGUAACCAGAAUGAAAGUAUUCCUCCUGAUGAGGUACCAUCAAACCCUUCUCAUGAAAUUCCUAAUCGAAGAAAGCAAACACUUGGGGCUGUACACGGUAAAGGAAAAAAAUCAAGUUCAUGUAGAAAAUCAUCAAGAAAUACGUUAACUACUCAGAUUGAGAAAUUGUGUGAGAGUAUGGCUAGUCCAAGGAAGUCAGUGAAUGAAAUUAUAUUUCCUCACUCUCAAUAUACUAUUUCAAAUGCAAUGGAUGCUUUAUGUGCUUUGGGAGAUGAAAUUCCAAAAAAAGAUGAAUUGUACUAUUUUGCCACCAAAAUGUUCCAAAUACCGGUGAAACGAGAAGUGUUUUUGAACUUAGAUCCAGAUGAUAGGGUUUGGUGGCUUCGAUGUGAGUAUGCUGAACAAAAUCCAAUUGCAUCAUUUUCAUCCUUGGUAUCAACAUCCUCAUUUCCCUUCCAACCAUACCAUCAACCACCUCCACCAUAA